AUGUCCCGCUCUGAUGGUGCUGCCUCUUGGAGGCCAGACUGUACUCAUUGGGCUGCCUCCAACUCGUCUCGUUCUGCUGUUUCGGUUGCUCGUCUUUCUCUUGGUGCUUUGCGAAGGUUUUGGCAUCCUGAAAAGGGUACCACUACUUCUCGUAUGGGUCCGCCGUUGAAGCUGCCAGCUCAUUUGUUGGCGAUCGAUGAGGAUGUUCUGAUUUCUCUUGGUGCUGUUUACAGUACACCUUGGAAGUACCCUUGGCGAUGCGUCAUAGACGAGAGUCCUGUAUAG